AGAGGGGGAGUACACGCACCGCUCCCUCCUGCUGCGUGCUGCGUGUGUUAUGCUUUCGUUGCUCGAGUGUUUCCCAUUGACCUGACCUCCUCCACGUGACCUGGCCUGACUUGGAAUGCUAGAAAAUACUCCCUCCCUUGUCCCCUAACUGUAGUGUUGCCAACCCAAUGUUUUUUAUAUAAGAAACAGGAUUAUUAUUUUAUUCAUUUAUUUGUCUUUUUUCGAACUAAACUUUAUGUGAAUGUGGAAAAAAAGUUGAGUUUAUUUUUUAUUUUUUAUUUUGGGGGUGAAGAAAAAAAAAUUAUAUUGUGAUUUUUAUUUACUAGUUAUUGUGGUGAAACUGUGGUGGUGGUGGUGGUGGUGAUGGGGAGAGGGGCGUGGUGGUGGUGGUGGUGGUGGUGGUGGUGUGUGGUGAUGGUGGUGGUGGUGGUGAUGGCGCCCCUGCCUGGAAUGUGCAUCAAAUGGCUGGCACUGUCUCGCGUGACCAGCCUGGCAGUGACGGCGCCGGGCAGCCCUCAGGUGUGCGAGAGCUUCCGGGGGUCACUGGUAAGGCAGCAGGUCAGAUUCUGCAAGGAGAACCCAGUGUUUAUGGACAGUGUGAAACGAGGCGCUAUCUGGGCUAUAGAUGAGUGCCAGUUUCAGUUCAGGACGCGCCGCUGGAACUGCUCCACGCUUAACGACGACGCCAUCGAGGCUUUCAAGAAGGCAUUCAAGCCCAAGCCGCCGCCAGAGCCCCUGAUGGUGAGCAACAAGACGGAGAGAGCGGCACCAAGCACUACUAGACCAAAUAUUCCUUUCCACACACUGGGAGGCGAAGGAGGAGGAGGAGCAGGAGGAGGAGGAGGAGGAGGAGGGGGUAGUGGGGGUGAUUCCUCCCUCCAGCUUCCCCCAGACCGCCCUCCUAAUACCAGUUACUACCAAAACACCUCCCCCGCCCGCCCUCCCCUCACGAGGCAGAGGAGGGGGAGGAAGGCGAAGAAGAAGAGUAAACGGAAGAGGAAUAGAGGAGGAGGAAAGGGAUUGGUUGGUCCUUAUCCCAUCGUGCCACAGGGCACUCGGGAGGCGGCCUUCGUGCACGCCAUCUCGUCUGCCGGGGUGGCCCACGCUAUCACGCGGCGGUGUUCCUCAGGGGAGCUGGAUGACUGUGGGUGCGACAGGUCCGUGCGAGGCGUGACCAGGCAGGGCUUCCAGUGGUCAGGCUGCUCUGACAACAUAGCGUAUGGCGUGUCGCUGUCCAAGAGAUUCGUGGACGCGCGUGACAGGAAGCUUGUCAAGAGGAAGAAGACGGGAAGAGUGAGCAGCAGAGCACUUAUGAAUCUACACAAUAAUGAGGCGGGAAGGAAGCUGAUUGAGAUUAACAUGCGAGUUGAGUGCAAGUGUCACGGCGUCUCUGGAUCCUGUGAACUUAAGACUUGCUGGAAAGCGAUGCCUACUUUUAGAGAGGUAAGCAUGUGGCUGAAGGAGAAAUUCGACGGGGCUACGGAGGUGCGGGUGAAGGAGGUGUCGGGUAGAGCUGAACUCGAACCUAACAAACAGUAUUUUAAGAAGCCCACAGAAGUUGAUUUAGUUUAUGUGUCAUCUUCGCCUGAGUACUGUGAAUAUGACAUCACCAGCGGCUCUUUGGGCACACAGGGGCGCAGGUGUAACAAGACGUCACGGGGGCUGGACGGGUGUGACCUGCUGUGCUGCAGUCGAGGCUACACCACGUCACAGGAACAGGUGAAAGAGCGGUGUUCCUGCAAAUUCCACUGGUGUUGUUACGUGAAGUGUGGGACGUGCAUAAGAGACGUGACAGUUCAUUAUUGCAAGUAACGCCACACACCGCACCUGCGCGCACCUGUGUCUGUCUGUCUGUCUGUCUGGUCUCGAGUACUUUUUAAAAAUCUGGGGUGUCUCGUGUAUUAUCGUCUGUCUGUCUGUCUGUCUGUCUGUCUGGUCUGUCUGUCUCAUUAGGUGGAGUUUUAUCUAUGUAUAGUAAAUAUUGUAGUUUGUAUUCUUAACGUCUUCUUCUUCUUCUUCUUCUUGUUCUUCUUCUUGUUCUUCUUGUUCUUCUUCUUGUUCUUCUUGUUCUUGUUCUUGUUCUUCUUAUACUGAUCCCCAUCCUCCUCUUCUUCUUCUUCCUUCUUUAUUCUUCUCCUUCGUCGCAUAUUUCUCCUCCUCCUCCUCCGUACUACACCUGUCUUCCUCCUCUUCUCCUCAGUCUCACAUCUUACCUCCUCCUCCUCCUCCUCCUCCUCCUCACCUGUACUAAUUAAGGUGAUGAGAAAAAGAACGUCACCCUUACCUGAGUUUAGUAAUUAAGAAAGAUAUUUGUAUUUAUAUCGUGUUAAAUAUUAUAAGAUACCUCUCUCUCUCUCUCUCUCUCUCUCUCUCUCUCUCUCUCUCUCUCU